AUGACUGCCACCAAACCCCGUGUUAUUCUGCUUGACAUUGAGGGCACUGUCUGCCCCAUCUCGUUUGUUAAGGAUGUUCUUUUCCCCUACGCACUCAAAGCCCUUCCGGCAACCUUAGCAGCGGAAUGGGACUCACCUUCGUUCGCCUCAUAUCGCAACGCUUUUCCCACAGAGCACUCUGCCACUCCUGAGGCCAUGAUUGCUCAUGUCCGGGAUCUUAUGAGCCGCGAUGUUAAGAUAUCGUACCUCAAAUCCCUGCAGGGCUACCUCUGGGAGUCAGGCUACGCUAAUGGCUCGCUCAAGGCUCCGUUGUUUCCGGAUGUGGCCCCGAAGAUACUGUCUUGGACCCGCGAUGACGGCAUCAAAGUUAUGAUCUACUCGUCGGGAUCUGUCGCGGCCCAGAAGCUUCUUUUCCGGCAUACAAACACUGAGCCGUCUGACCUGACCCCGCAUCUUACGGAUUAUUUCGACACCGUAAACGCUGGGCCAAAGAUGGAGGCUGCAAGCUACACUAAGAUUGCGGCCGCCCAUGCGGACCUAGCGCCCGCAAGUGAGUGGCUGUUCCUGAGUGACAAUGUAAAGGAAGUUGAGGCGGCCAAGCAAGCAGGGAUGCAAAGUUACGUGGUUGAAAGGCCGGGUAAUGCAGAGCUGAGUGAGGAGGACAGGAAGAAGCACCGCGUCAUUCGGAACUUUGAUGAGUUGUAG